AUGCUGCACCCGUCCGUCCCGGACCAGAGGUGCGCCUGUCAAGGCUUCCGUCUUGAUGAGAGUCUUCCCGGUGCUCACUGCGAAUGUGGGCAUCAAGCAUGCUAUCAUUCCCACAGCGCAGCUGUUCCCCCGCCCGCAGAGGAGUCCCCAGUCUCCUCCUCCGUUGCGUAUGCCGCGCUGCUGGAUCGGAUCAACAGCCUGGAGGCGCAAUACCAACGGGACAGGAAAAUCUGGCAGGAAGAGCUGCAAGAGGAGCGGCGCGCUCGACGCGAAGACGUCCGUGUCUUGCGGGAGGCUAUGCACGCCUUCUUCCAGUUCAUGGAACAGGACGUCCCCCGGCAGUUUGUCGACAUCGAGGACAAGAUCGAAAGUGUGGUCGAUCGGCAGCAGCAGCUCCACGAGAGAGUGAUGACGGUGGACGAUUCCUCGAUGGUCCUAGAGGAUCGGAUCGCUGAGUUGGAGAGAGCUGUGGCGAGAGAAACUCGCGAUCAGGCGGAAUGGGAUAAUGACGAAGACGAUGUUGAUCACGAUGAAGCAGGUCGCAGGUCGCCUGUCGGUGCUCAACGCGCAGACAAGGAUCUGGGAUCUUUCGGACACUCGGUAAAAACUCAGGUGUCGGGAUCUGACACGAAUCCUUCCUCUCCAUCACGCUCGUCUGCUACUCACAGCUCUGACCCGACAAUCCACGGUGAUGACGUGAUUACCAAGGAUGACGAAUCUAUCAAGCAAUGUCAAGAUCUGCCCAGUCUUUCUCAAAACUCGAUCUCUCCUGCUGCUGCGAGGACGCAAAGAAAUCCAAUUCCAGAACGCCAGCUGCUGAUUCAGGCCAUUCGUGAUUGUGAUUGCGAGUCGAGCCCGCCCUCUGAGUCUGAGAUAGGAGGGAAACCAUCUCGAUCGCCUUCGCCAUUCUCCUCACGAUACAGGAAGUCUUCUGGAUCACCACCAUCUUCUUGCACCACCGUCGCCAGUAAUAGUGCGCGUGUUCUCGUGCCAGCAAAGCGUAAGAGACAACAACAACACGCCUGGACGCUUCCCAAUCCGCCGCCGCUUUCGUUGUCGGAUUCAAGUGUCGAGUACGGCAGGUGUUGCAAGUGUCCGAGGCCUGAGUGA